UGAGGAUUGAAGGAGAUCAGCAUCAUCUAAUAUUCAGUAUUUACUAUUAAAAAUAAAAUAAAAGUGUUUACACAAAUAUAACAAAAUUAUUACGGAGUAAACACAACUUAACAAGUGUUCAUCUGCAAAACAAAAAUGUUAUCUAGCUUAACGAUCACCCCUUCCUUUGCUACUAGGAGUAGAAGAUUUUGCUGCAGAGCAGAAAUUUCCAAAAAUCAGGGCCCACAACCAAAGAACAAGGUUGUAGUUGUUGGGUCGGGUUGGGCUGGGCUUGGUGCGGCCCAUCAUCUGACCAAACAGGGGUUUGAUGUUACUGUUGUUGAAAGGGGUGCUGAUUCUGGGUUUUCUACCUAUAGUCCUGAUGAAGUUGGUAUUCAAGGUUUCUGGCACCCCUACCGUAAUAUAUUUAGCCUUGUUGAUGAGCUUGGUAUCAAGCCAUUCACAAGUUGGAUGAAAUCUGCACAAUAUUCUGAGGAAGGAUUGGAGGUGGAAUUUCCUGUCUUCCAAGAUGCGUCUCAACUGCCAACUCCACUAGGACCUCUAACACAGACCCAAUUCAUGCGGCUACCUCUGGUGGAUCGUUUGACAUCACUUCCGCUAAUGGCUGCAGUGGUAGAUUUUGAAGACACUGAUUCAGCAUGGAGAAAAUAUGAUCCAAUUACUGCAAGAGAGCUUUUAAGACAGUUUGGAUGCUCAGAGAAGCUGUACAGAAAUAUUUUUAAGCCAUUGCUUGAAGCGCGUUUAUAUGCACCAGCUGAGCAAAUCAGUGCGGCUGCCACCCUGGCUGUGCUAUACUACUAUGUCGUUGCUCAUCAGAAAAAUUUUGAUCUGUUAUUGUGUCGCGGAAGUGUCAAGGAAAGAAUUUUUGAGCCAUGGAGGAAGUUAUUGAAAAGCAAGGGGUGUGAAUUUCGUAGAGGCAGAGGAGUUACAGAUUUCAUCUUCAGUGAAGAAACAGGUUGUGUUUCAGAAGUAGUGUGUGGGAAUGACAGAAUAAAAGCUGAUGCAGUGAUCUUGGCUGUGGGUAUCUCCAGCAUUCAGGAAAUCAUACAAAGAAGUUCAGCAUUGUGUACCAGGGAGGAGUUUCUGAAUGUUUUGAACUUGGCUUGCACUGAUACGCUUUCUGUCAAGCUUCGUCUUGAUCGAAAGAUUAACAUCCCGAACGCAUGCAAUGCUUGCUCGGGAUUUGAUGCAUUAAGUGGCUGGACUUUCUACAACUUGAAUGCUAUCUACCAGGAAUAUGAAAAUGAUGAAACAACAAUCUUACAGGCUGACUUUUAUCAUGCAAACGCGUUCUUGCCCCUGACUGACGAACAAAUCUCUGCAAAAGCCAUGUCUUACCUUUCAAAACAUGUCAAACAACUUGAAGAUGCUAGAAUUAUUGACAAGGAGAUAACAAGAUAUCCAAACUCCUUGACUCACUUUUUCCCAGGGUCUUAUAAGUACUCAAUGCGAGGGUCAACUUCUUUCCCGAACUUGUUCGUGGCAGGAGAUUGGACAAUAACCAGACAUGGUUCAUGGUCACAGGAGAAAUCCUAUGUGACAGGACUUGAAGCUGCCAACAGGGUGGUGGAUUUCCUAGGGGAAGGAAAUUUUGCGAAAAUUGUUCCUGUUGAGGAUGAUGAACCUCAUAUUGAAGCACUUCGUAACCUCAACAGAAGUUUUAAUGAGUUCAGAGCUCAGCUUCCUUGCUCGAGUUAUUUCCUUCAGUGAUCACAUUAUGCCUAUGUUUAUAACCUAGAAAACAUUAUAUGACCAUACCAUACCAUACCAUACCAUACCAUACCUGUAUAUUGAUAAUUUUUCAUAGUUCAUAGAAUCAUAGUAUACAAUUUCUUUCA